GCAUUCUUUUAUUUGCUGGUUUAACUUAAUACUACCGCAAAAGCUACAUAUGCGGCUGUUCCAUGAAUCAUGAUCCAUCAGUAUCUCUAUGCCAGCUGGUUACUUGCUCGAUGUAGUCAACCAUUCUCUCAUAAUGCCCAGGUGUCCUCAACCGUGUCUGAAGUUGACGUGGCUGCUGGGUGAUGAGCCCCUUAAGUAUUCAACUUUCUAGACACCUUUUCCAACCUUCAUAAUAUUACUUUUGAAUCUAGCUUGAGACACAACUUAUGGCACCCGUCGCAGUCUCUCUUGCUACCACCACCGACUUCGUUACUGCACCUCACACUCUCCACGACGUCAUCGCUCAAGCUGCCGAGUGGUAUCCGUUACAUGAGCUUAGUUUCAUAUCCUCCCUGGCACAGGACUCCAUUCAGACGAAGACCUUCAGUGCGUUCAACCAGUAUGUUCGCAACCUUGCACGGGCCAUGCUCGAGUGGGGCAAACCCAGAGGUUCGGUUAUUGUAGUGUACCUGACAGAGCAUGAAGAUAACAUGACUGCUGUCUGGGCGUGUCUGCUGGCUGGCUAUCUGCCCUGCUUACAGCCCGCACUUAGCGCCCAACAGGCGCACAAGGAGGGCCAUGUCGCACAUAUCAAAAAUUUGUUGGGGUCUGCAACUUGGCUUACCAGCGAGCUCGGGGCUGAGCAGAUCACCUCCAUUUCUGGACUGGAGGUUCACCUAUUCUCCGAAUUCAAAUCGUCAGGAGAGAAAUUUGCUGUUGGAGCUGACUGGGUUGCAUAUAAGGCUAAGCCGGACGACGAUGCUAUCAUGUUCCUGACCUCAGGGUCAACUGGGUUCUCGAAGGCGGUCGUCCAUACGCACCGGACCAUCCUUACUGCAUGCCGUGCCCAGGGACAAAACUACGGCCUAACUUCCGAAUCCAAAGUUUUGAACUGGAUCGGAUUUGAUCACGUGGGAGGAUCAUUGGAAUUCCACAUCACACCUCUGCUACAUGGUGCUUCGCAACUCCACGUGCAUGCGUCUGCUAUUAUUACUGGUCCUCUGCGGCUGCUCCGUUUGAUCGACGAACAGUCCAUCCAACUGGCUUUCGGCCCGAACUUCCUACUCUCCAAACUCACUCGUGACCUGGAGAAGCGCAGCGACCUCUUCGGGUGCUUUGACCUGUCUUCUAUCAAGAGGAUCAACAGUGAAGGCGAAGCUAUUGUUUCCAAGACCGCGCAAGCCUUCGUUGCUAUGAUGAAAAAGUUUAGCAAGAACCCCUCUGCCGUGUCCCUUGUGAUCGCCCCCGGGUUUGGAGUGACAGAAACUUGCGCUGGAUGCAUUUAUAACUACCCUUUGGAUGUCCUCACAACCGAGCUUGCUCGUGAAUUUCUUGAUCUCGGACGCCCCCUCAAUGGCUGCGAGAUGCGCAUCGUGGAUCCCGCAGAUGGUACUACCCUGCGUCCCGACGGUGAGAGCGGUGAGCUUCAGAUUCGCGGACAGAUGGUCUUUGUACGCUACUACAACAACGCCGAGGCUACGUCCUCUAGCUUUGUUGAGGGCGGCUGGUUCCGCACUGGCGAUGUUGGAAUAAUUGAGAAUGGUGUUAUGCGUCUUGGCGGCCGUAUCAAGGACACCAUCAUUGUCCAUGGUAUCUCAUAUGGCAUCCCUGAGCUCGAAACCAACCUCCAGACCGUUGAAGGGGUCAUGCACUCGUUCCUCGCUGCCGCUUGCUACCGCGCUCCUGGCCAGGACACCGAAGGAUUCAUCAUUUUCUACUCACCGACUUUCAACCUCGAUGGAGCAGAGGCUUCUACGGAGCUCUCUGCGACGCACCGGGCCCUGCGAGAUAUCUGUGUGAAGAUGAUCACUUUGCCGCCUCAGUUUAUCAUUCCCAUUCCUGUGAACCAGAUGGAGAGGACUACUCUUGGAAAACUAUCUCGUGCGCGUCUCAUGAGCCUGUUCAAGCAAGGCCAACUUGCGAAGUACAUCACCCGCUCUGAAGAGCUUCUCAGCGAGGCACGCGGCAUUUCCUUCGUCGCCCCGUACACCGAGACAGAAAAGGUGUUUGUUAAGAUAUACGCCGGCAUCUUCAACCUGAUAGAAAGCAAGGUGUCGGUGAGCGAUAACUUCUUCGAGAUCGGCGGUACUUCUCUUGACGCUAUCCGGCUCAAGCGCGAAGGAGAGGAAUACUUUGGCCUGCCUGAUAUCCCUUCCAUCCAAAUCCUGAAGCAUCCUGUUCUCUCGAGCCUGGCCCACUACGUUGACUUCUUGCUCUCUAAGGGCACCCAAACUGAGGAAUACGAUCCCAUCGUUCCCUUUUCAGUGACCGGAAAUAAGACGCCGAUCUUCUUCGUCCACCCUGGUGUCGGAGAGGUCCUCAUUUUCGUCAAUCUUGCCAAAUACUUCCAGAAUGAGCGUCCCUUCUACGCUUUCCGUGCUCGUGGUUUCGAUUCCGGCCACCUGUUUUUCACCUCUAUGGACGAGAUGGUUUCCUGCUAUGCUGCAGCAGCCAAGAGGAUUCAGGCGACGGGACCGUACGCCAUUGCAGGUUACAGUUACGGCGGUGCUGUUGCGUUUGAAGUUGCCAAGCGGCUCGAGGCCAUGGGGGAAGAAGUGAAGUUCUUCGCUCCCAUCAACAUUCCUCCUAACAUCUCCGACCACAUGUGCGAGCUUGAUUGGACGGCCGCUUUGCUCAACUUGUCGGCCUUCCUCGGUUUCAUGUCGAGAUAUGAUGCUGAUGAUAUGCAUCCUUCUGUGAGCCUGCUCACGAGGCAGCAGCAGCUCGAGUUCGUAUGGAAGUUGUCGCCUCCUGAACGUAUUGUCGAGCUCCAGCUGACGCUCGAGAAGCUUGACAAAUGGACGGACGUCGCCAUGUCUCUUAUCAAUUGCGGAGUAGACUACAUUCCAACAGGCUCAGUUUCCGCAGUCGAUGUUUUCUACACCACUCCCUUUGCCGGAUCUAACGUUGACUGGCUCAACAACCAGCUCAAGCCAUGGACUGGCUGGAGCCGCGGCGAGGCAUGGUCUGACUUCAGCCGCAGCAAGGUGUCAUAUAUUUUGGUGCCCGGGGAACACACUACGCUCAUGGACUUUGAGUACGUCUCGCAGUUCCAGAAGAUUUUCCGCAGUCGUCUGGAGGCUCGUGGAUUGUAGAGUUUUGAAAGGGCAUAUUUUACCUUAUCGAGUAUUUAUUCCAACUACAGGUGAUUGCCACUGCGCAGCUCGUUUUGUUUGAUCAACAGGUAUAGUACGCAGUUGCUGAAAUCUUGGCUCGUAGUCUAGUCUUCCAUCACUCACCGCAGUUAUAGUCCCAACUCCCGACAGCGAAGUUGUUCUGCCUAUAAGGCACCAAAGAAUUGGAUUCAAGAUCACGAGUGGGAUCAAGCAUGAUUCACUCGUCGUAUUCUUCACGGUCUUCUUCUUCAACUACAAUUCUCCAAGGCAGCCACAACAACGAAGUGCACAAAAGUCUAUCCCUGAAUGCAAAGAGUGCAGUGUUAUUUAUGCACUCGACCCAUACUUGUGGUGUACUUCAUUGCCUG